ACGGCCGGAAUGAGUCUUGGCUUGUGUUUUGUAGUCAUAAAUGGCGUCUUCAGGGACACCAAACGACUGGCAAAGCGGAAAGACGCUGUCACAGUGUAUGAACCACGUAUUCACGUCUGGCACAGCUAGUGAUGUAGCCUUUCUUGUCGGUGAGGACCAGAAAAAAAUACCUGCCCACAAACUCAUCCUUAUAAGCAGAAGCCCAGUAUUCUACGCCAUGUUGGAGGGUCCAAUGGCCGAGAAAGGGGAGAUAACUAUUCCGGAUAUAACAGAAGACGUUUUUCAGCUCUUUUUACGAUAUCUGUACACAGACACAAUCGACUUGACGGAGAUGAACGUAGUACCUGUGUUGAAUGCUGCUAGGAAGUACUGUGUCGACAUUCUAGUUUCCAACUGUGAAGUAUUUCUGACCAAAAGUCUGUCAGCGGAAAAUGCUUGUCUGUUCUUGGAGCAUGCUCAUGUUUUCUUGAUGGAUAAACUGAAAACCGAGUGUCUACAAGUGAUAAAUGAAUCUUCAACAGAUGUACUGCAAUCGACGACCUUUACUGACCUAUGUCCGAGUUGUUUGACCAGUAUCACUGAAUCAGAUGACCUUACUGCUGAUGAGAGAGACGUGUACAAGGCCGUCAUCAGAUGGGCGGCAGCUGAAUGUAGCCGUCAGAACCUUGAGAGCAAUCACGAAAAUCAGCGGCAAGUCCUUGGAGAUAUCCUGCACAAAGUGAGGUUCCCGAAAAUUGAUUCCGACUUCUUCCUCAAGCAAGUGUGUCUAGAUAAAGUACUUCCAGGGGAUAUGGCACUAGAUGUUAUCAACUACAUUAUGCAUGACAAGGUCGUAGAUGUGCCUUGGCUUAAUCUGAACGAACGGAAAUAUACUAUAUCUACAAGGGAGAAUGUUUGGCGAUUUAAGGAUAUUUCGAACGGAUAUUGGAGCAACACAUUGGACCCUGAAGCUAUUUCCUUUAAGGUUCCAUGCGCAAUGAAACUAUACGGAAUCGGGUCAUGUCUAACAAAAGCAGAACCUAGCACGGUCGAUAUAUUUGUAUAUGAUGGAGAUAAUAUAUACAGCAGGAGUAAAUUGCCCCUGGUCAAAAACGAUUCCAUAAAUACAGGCGAUGUUUUGCUUGCGGAGCCAAUUCGACUAUCGGCUGGAAAAACGUAUACAGUCAAAGAAGUACCAUCAGCGUAUAAAUGUCACUACUCCAACACGGGGUCAGCGAACGUUGACUGUAAAGGCGGAACAAUUACUUUUAUGAGCAGUUCCAUGAGCACGUACUCGACAGUUCAUCAAGGAACGCUAAAUAACAGCAUUUCAUCCAGUGACGAAGAAUUGUUACUGAAUAUGGACAUGGAGACCAUCCAGACUAUAUCGGCGAGUUCAGUGCCAAACGAAAUUCCAGACCUUACGGGGGCCGUUUUUGAAGAGCUGCCCCUACCAAACUCCCCUCUCCCCUUCAAGCCACUGGAGAAAGAAAUCCAAAAACCUGCGAUCACUACUGAGACUACUGGACCACCAGCAAAGCGAUUUAAAGUCUGCACGGAGAAUGAGAAUCUCGGCAAGCGCCAUUAA